AUGGCUAGUGCCACGAAUCUCUCGCCAGGGUACCUGCAUGAGUCCCAACAAGGAACUAUUCUUGGUGUCACCACACUUUUCAUCAUUCUCGAGACCCUAGCGGUCGCAUUUCGCGGCGUCUCUAAACUGAUUGGCCGGUUGAAUUGGGGUUGGGAUGACGGGUUCAUUGUUCUUGGGUUCAUCCUUUGUAUGGUUAUCAAUGGCUGUGCCAUAGCGGAUGUGCAUUAUGGGGGCGUCGGCCUUCACAUCCAGCGCGUUGUCAAAGAGAGCCCCGAGAAGAUCCCCGUUCAGGGCAAGUUCAUGCUCGCCUUCCCAAUCAUUUACUUCGCAGCCGUCGUCCCCCCGAAAAUGGCGAUUAUAUACCUUUACCUCAGUGUAUUCACACAGAAGCCGUUUCGCAUCAUCUGCUACGUUGUGGUCGGCAUCAUGGUUGGAAACUGGAUUGGGACUACCGUCGCGUCAUUUCUGUCUUGUCAGCCGUUGAGCUACUACUGGACGCAGGAGGGCACAUGCUUCGAUAUCAACAGUUUCUUUCGCUGGGGUGGGUUUUCCAACAUUGUCACGGAUGUGAUCAUGAUGAUCCUGCCGAUGCCGGUGGUCUGGGAGCUUCAUGCUUCUACCCGCCUGAAGCUAGGUAUCUUGAUCACCUUCUUGCUUGGUAGUUUGGGUCUCAUCGCUUCGAUCAUUCGGUUUGUCAAAUUCUACGUGACCGACGCACAAAAGGACCUUACCUGGGCAGGUGGCGAUCUUGUCCUCUGGACGGUGGUCGAAUGCGGCGGCUACAUGAUUGCCGGAUGUCUGCCCACGUACCGGCCUCUGGCCCGGUUCGUCGGGCGCAAGUUGCAUCUUACGAGCGACGGGAGUAGCGGAGACACCAGCGCGCAGCAAAACGCAAGUUCCAGCAGCCGACGACAGACUAGCAAAUUCCAGCGCAUGGUCAACACCACAGAUGACGAGGAAGAUGCUAUCGGAUUGGUCAGCGUGACCAAAGGGGGCGAGUUGGAGGGAAAGCAUGACACUGCAGUUGAACCGGGGCAGAUCAUGGUCAAUCACCACAUCGACGUUCGAUAA